GCAGGGUCUUGCUAAGUUGCUCAGGGACUCAGUAAGUUCCUGAGACUGGCUUUGAACUUGUGGUCCUUCUGCCUACGCCUCCCCAGUCACUGGGAUCAUAGGUGUGCCCUGCCGCACUUGGCAGAUGGUAACCUUUUUGCAUAAAUGUUUUAAUUUGUCGUUGAAAAAAUGGAAACUUAAAAUCAUGCAGACCAGGUCACUUUUAUCACAAGUUCAUACCAACUGAGACAAAUUAGGGACAAAGCUUUUCAUUUCACCCAUGAUAGCAGAGGGUCCUCUCCUGCUGAGGUGCUCCAGGCAGCCUCUGGGACUCAGGAUGCAACUACAACAAAAGCACAUCCAUUCCUCUAGGGAACCUGUGGUGGCGGACAGGCCUUGGGGACCAGUCCCUUCUCUGAUCCACACAGAAGCCUUCAGGGCACUGGUUGCAGGAUGAGCCACUUGGGGUCCGACUUGGGGCUGCCAAACAGGCUCAUCUGACCCAUUCAGCUCAGUCCUGUCCAGCUUGAGGCCCAAAGCCUGCUGGAAAGGGCCAUUUUGGGGCCCUGGUCAGCGCUGGACGGAGGCAUUUUCACCUCACUGUCUCCUAGCUUUCUCUCCCCUCCCCCACCUUUCUUUCUCUGUUAGGGAUGGAACCCAGGUCCUUGCCCAACAAGAGAAAAGCCAUGUCCGCAGCAGAGCUGCCGCCAGCUGGCCACAGGGCAGAAUGUUUAGUCUCCUGGCUUCCUGUAAACAAGGGAGAAGAAACCGUACUGAUUCUUCCCAAGUGGCCAGGAGUCACGACUGCCCAGCACUCCCAGAGUCCCUGAAAAUGCAGGACCCAGGCACCACCCAGCAAGGUCCCCGCAGGUCGGGCCUAGACAGGCUGUGUGUGGGGUGCAGAGUCUGCAGCCCUGUGUGAGGCCCAGUGGACACUGAGGCAGAGAGAUGCUUCCAGGCAGGGUGGUCUGCAGCCUGUGGCUCAAGCUUUGCACCUUGAGGGGGUCCGACACACCUGUUGACUGGACUCUGUUGGCUGGGGCCCAGCUAAUGAUGGAGCACUGCCUCUCCUCCCUGCCUGCAGGGCUGGCCAGUCUCAGUCCUGUUAUUUAGGCCUCCAGGGGCCACCUGGAGCAUCUCACCAGUGGGAUGUUGAGCUUCAUCUCCGACUCAUGUCCUAUCCCCCAGUACCUUGGAAUGAGACUUUUUUGGGGGGAGAGGGGCAGUAUUUAAGAUUGAACUCAGGAGAACUCUGCUGCUAAGCUAUAUCCCCAACUGUGCUUUGAUAUGGUUUUUUGUUGGUUUGAGUCAGGGUCUUGCUAAGUUGCCCAAACUGACCUUGAGCUUGCAUCCUCCUGCUUGGCCUCCUGAGUCCCUGGGGUGACAGGCGUUUGCCACCAUGCCCAGCUAGAAUGUGAACUUAUCUAGAAACAGGGUCACUGUUCCUGUAAUUGGUUAAGAUGAGGUCAUACUGGAGUAAGGUGGCCAUAAGUCCAUUAUGGCUGCUGGCCCUGUGAGAAGGAGAUUUAGCCAGGUGCGGUGGUCCGGGCCUGUAACCCCAACCACUCAGGAGGAUGAGGCAGGAGGAUCAAAAGUUCAAGACUAGUCUUGGCAGCUUAGUGAGAUCUUGUCUUAAAAAAAAAAAAAAAAAAAAAAAAAGGCUCAAUGGUAAAGCACCCUAGGUUCAAGCCCCAGCACAGCCAUCAAAACAAAACAAAACAAAACAAAACGCGAGGUACUGACAGCCUGCCAGGGCUGGGCUGAGGGUCACACCACCCCACAUAGUCCCUUCACUAGGGACACAGACUGGACACCACCUUCAAUGUGAACAGUUUCUGGCAGCAUUUCAGAACCCAGAGAAGGUAUGGCAGGCAGGAUCCUGGUCUUGGAGCGCCCAGCCUGGGGAGCAGGUCCAUGUGGACAGAGCCAUCAAGGCAGCUCCCAGGAAACCACAGCACCAGAAGCUGAUGAGGAAGUGACAGGUGGAGAUGGCUAGGCCUGGCCUCCCCCACAGCAGACAGACCAGUGCUCCUCGGAUGUGGGGAGGCCCUCCCUCUCCAGGAGGCAGAGGCCACUCAUCCCCAGGUGCUUGGGCCUCCUUACAACCUUGGCACCUACCUUGCCCUUGAGCCCACACCUGAGGCCUUCUUCAUGGGCCCUGUCCUUCUCCUGCCCUCUGUUAAAGCACCUUCUAGGUCCAGCUGUGGGGCAGGGAGCGGUGGCCAGGAAGGAUCUGACCCCUUUGGCCGGACACAACGACAGGCAUGACCACGCAGCUUUAUAUAGCUCCGCAGACACUAUAUAAGCCGGAAGCAAAGUCUCAUCAGAAGAACCUGCACGCUGACCUGGUCUGGCUGGAACACUCCUCACCCCAGUGCAGUCGGGUCCCCAGGGGGCAGCCCACCCCAGCCCCCAGGAUGCCCAGCAGAACAGUACGAUAUGCCCGCUACAGCCCCCGGCAGCGGCGCCGGCGAAUGCUGGCUGACCGAAGUGUGCGUUUCCCUAAUGACGUCCUCUUCUUGGACCACAUCCGCCAGGGUGACCUGGAGCAGGUAGGGCGUUUUAUCCGGGCUCGGAAAGUCUCCCUGGACACCAUCCACCCCUCAGGUCUAGCUGCUCUGCAUGAAGCAGUGCUCUCUGGAAACCUGGAGUGUGUAAAGUUGCUGGUCAAAUAUGGGGCUGACAUUCACCAGCGUGACGAGACGGGGUGGACACCUCUGCACAUGGCCUGCAGUGAUGGGUACCCUGACAUCGCCAGGUACCUCAUCUCUCUGGGGGCAGACACAGAUGCAGCCAAUGACGAUGGGGACCUGCCCUCUGACCUCAUUGACCCGGACUUUAAGGACCUGGUGGAGCUCUUCAAAGGAACCAGGAUGGACUGAGUUGGAGCUGCACUCCAGGGCUCCUGCCUCCUGGAGAAGGGGCCUGCACCCUGUUCCAGGGAACAGGGCAUUCUUCAUUUGUGGCUCAGGGCUGCCACUGGGCUGGCCAGGACUGGUCCUCAGGCGAGACCCCUGUCCCCUACACCCAUGUCUCUGGCUUGGCUUAAUCACCAGGUGAAAUUUUUUUGUGGUGCUGGGGCUCAAAGCAGAUCCGCACACGUGGUAGGCAAGUGCGCUGUCACGCAGUGGCGUCCCAGCCCUCUAGGUGGAUUUUUUAUUGUGACACUUUGUACUUUUUCAAUAAACGUGAUUCCCAAGCCUG